AUGGUGGUGCGUGGCCAGGUCCGUUAUUCUGUUCCCGAGGAGAUGGUAAAGGGCUCGCUAGUGGGAAAUAUCGCUCAGGAUCUUGGUUUGGAUAUUAAAAGACUGAAAUCUGGACGGGCUCGCAUCUUUACUGAGGACAGUCGUGAGUACAUCGGUCUGAAUGCGGAUAAAGGGACGCUGGUUGUGAAAGAGAGAAUAGACAGAGAGGAGCUGUGCGCCCAAAUAACCCCCUGCUCUUUACAUUUCCAGAUUAUUCUGGAUAAUCCUAUGGAGCUGCAUCCGGUGAAAGUAAUCAUUCAAGACCAGAAUGACAACGCACCACAGAUUCUGUAUCCAGUGCAGACCAGUGGCUCUCUGGUGGCUGAAAUUGUGCCUCGCACAGCAGAUGUAGGCUACCUUGUCUCUAAAGUAGUCGCUGUUGAUGUGGAUUCUGGACAGAAUGCCUGGCUCUCAUACAAACUUCAGAAAGGAACAGACAGAGCUCUAUUUGAAGUUGGCGCACAGAAUGGAGAGCUAAGAACUAUCAGACAAGUCACUGAUAAAGAUGCCGUGAAACAGAAGCUCACUGUGAUAGUGGAGGACAAUGGACAGCCCUCUCGCUCAGCUACAGUCAAUGUGAAUGUGGCUCUGGCAGACAGCUUUCCUGACGCGCUGUCCGAAUUCAGUGACUUUACGCAUGACAAGGAAUAUAAUGACAAUCUCACUUUUUAUUUAGUGCUGGCCCUUGCUGUUGUUUCAUUUCUAUUCAUCGUGUCCAUAAUAGCCAUAUUGUCAGUGAAAUGUUACAGAUGGAGACGUGAGCGACUGUUAUAUAAGUCCAAUGGAAAUCUCCCUGUCAUUCCGUAUUAUCCACCACUUUACGCAGACGUUGGGGGCACAGGUACAUUGCAACACGUGUACAACUAUGAGGUGUGCCGCACCACUGACUCCAGAAAAAGCGAUCUGAAAUAUAGCAGACCUAGCCAGAGCAUGAUUAGUCUGGACUCAACUGGAACGCUUACGCUGCCGCAACCGCGGAAGGAUAUUACACUUACUGAUGGUACAGACAACCAGGUGAGCUUCAUUGAGUCCUAUUCCAAGUAUAAGUGUCUAUUAUCACCUGCAUUGGCUAUACUUUGA